AUGGGACGGCCACCGAAGGCAGCCGCGCGACAUGCAACCCUGGAAAACGACUCGACCGUGCCACCGGGUACUGUUGCCAAAAUAAUUAAAGAAAUCUACGCCGGUGUCCCUCCACCGCGCCCGCACCGCUCUAAAAUCGUCGCUCUUUGCCCGGGAGUUGUAACUCGGGGCGCGGCGGGAAAACAUCUCCCGCAACUGACGGCAACGUAG